UUCUUUCAGCCGUGAACCAGGUUAAGUAUACAUUACAACAUUCGAUUACUUUUAUUGACAGGGAAUUAAUUACUAGACUAAGUACACUUUUUGUGCGAUUCCAAAGGAACGUUUCUGGUAAACAAAUCGAAUUGUGGAAGUAUUAUUAGGAGUAAACAUUCCUUUCAGAUAUUUUUGUAUAAAGGCAUAACCUUCAGCUUACAAUGUUCCAACGUACAGAGAAUCCGCCUUAUUUAUCAGCUAUAUUAAACGGCGAGAAGUGGUCAGAUUCAUUUUGUGAAGGGAAGCAUUUUCUUUCACCAAAGCUUGACUGCACGCUAGGACAUACGAUAGAGUUAGAACAUGGAUGUCAGGUAGAACUGAUUAGCAGAUAUCUAAAGGCACAAUUGCAGGAAAUUGUUAUCCAAAUACAUAGAAUUGCACAAUUCUUGGAAGCGCAAACACAGAUAUCCUUGCUGGAAGUUCGGUAUCAACAGAUGGAGGCACUGAUGAAAAGCUAUGCUGAGAGUGCCGAUAGCCCUGAUCAUGGAAAGUCAUAUGAAAAGAAUAUUCCAACGAAGAUAAGGCUGGACGGUCGUACAUCAAAAGACACCAGUUGUACUGAUCCUGUACAAAAUAGUAAUAGUUUUCAGUCAGGGAUCUGCUCAGUUUACUGCGGUCUGAAUUCUUUGAACUAUAUUAAAGAAGAGCAUAUAAAACAGACACCAUUGCCGGAUGUAGAUGUACCGACACAAAUCUUUCAAAUAAGUAAUACCGAGGAAGAACUUUCCAUCCAGAAAUCUUAUAGGAAACAUGUGCAAGUGGAAAUGUGUCUCGCAUACCGGAAGCGCCCGAGUUUUCUUUAUGACUGUAUUGAAGUGAAUGUAGCUGCCGUCAUUAUGGACUGCUGGUUUUACGAACAAAAUCAUCUUGAACUUAAAAUGUUAAAUUCGGCAUUGAAAAUGGUUCUUUACGAAAGAACAGCACAUGGAACAAAGUACCAAAACACGAGUAGUUGUCAGCGACAUCCAGGGAUAUGUUCAGCAGAAAGCAGUGAAGUGUCAUGCAGGUUGGAUGAAAAUGUCCAUAUAGAACAGGUCUUUCACAAUGAUCAUGAAAAUGCAGUUGAGAAAAUCCGUAUAGAAGAAACAAACUGUAUACCAAAGAAAAAAACAGUGAAGGCCAAAUGUGAAACAGGGGUAUCUAAAGAAAACAUUACCAAAAAGGGCACAUCAAAUAGAGGAAUAUACAAGAAAAGGUCCUGGCGGAUGUUUGAACUCGUAAAUGUUUGGCUUAUUUUACAAGCUUUUUUGUCAUCAGUCUGUGGAGCUCCACACCCGACAGAACCGAACGGUCUAAACAAAGAGACGGUGCAGCGGAAACAAUUGCUUCUUACUACAGACUGCAACCAUGGAAACCUCUAUGAUUUAAAUCAAUAUUGUCAAACAGAUUCUUUCCUGCUAAAGCUUCUUAUUGGCAACUGUCACUUUAAGGCACUUUGCAGUUCAGAAGAAGAGCCCAUUUGCAUUAACACACAAAACAAAGGCGUAUUCGUCUGCGAAAAGAAGAACUUGAAAUGCGCUAAGGGCCACAUGAUCAGAGCAUGGACAGAUGAGAACAACCCUGACAUUAUUAACUUGCAAGAACAAAUAUGCCCGGAAGGCACAUUUCAGCCGCAAACAUUAGACUGUCAGUAUGCUUGUUACUACAAUCACAGGAAUAUUGACCAAAUCAGUGAGAAAUAUAUAGUGUAUUCUCAAGGUGAUAAUAUAUCGCCUACUAUGGUGUACUGCAAUAAUACAGGAGGAUUCUUUAGUCAAAAGGAGGGAACAUUUCUACUUGACUAUGACUUGGAGGAAGAACACAAUCGCUAUUUCUGUGUUAAAAAAAAUCGAUCCCAACUAUGUAAAAUGGAUCAAUAUCCCCUUCCAAACAAUACAUGCACAGAACUGUGUAGAGACGGAUAUUUCAGGGACGAUCAUGACAACUUCAAUUGCAAACCUAUUGAAGAUCGCCUGUCACCCGGCAGUAGUUUUGCGACAGAAGUAACGGAUGGAAACAUUCACAAAGAAUUGACCAUCAACGCAGCUGCGGAGAAGAAACAAUCAAAUAGUUUAGCGGUGACUUUAACACCAGUUUGCGUACUUGUUCUGGUUAUCGUGUUAACAAUGAUUGCAUGUUACUGUUCGAAAUUAGACUGCAAGAGGGGAGAACAGUUCAGACAAUACUUUGCACGUAAUAUCCAAACUAAAGGAACUAACACAACUACAUUGUAUGGAAUUCAUUCACAAGAACCACAUACAGGUGAAGAUGAUGGCACCAAUGAUUUAGAAGAUGUAGUUAAUGAAGAUGUCAUUGAUCACGAAAACAAUAGGAUCGGCAUUGAAGAUAGCGAUUGCGGAAUGCCUCUUUUGAUAAAGGUAUAACACUCUGAAUCAUUAUGUCGUCUUCGCUGUGAGAGUUGAACUAUUGAAUUACUAACUUGUGCAUUGUACAUUGUGUUUAUAUUCUUUUUUGUAAAUCUAACGCACUAAGUCAAAAAUGUUCGGGAAAUUGAUUGAUUUAAUGCAAAAUAAUCGAAAAAUAUCAGGGUAUCACUAAUUGGACGUGCACGUAUAUGCACUUGCAAAUAAGUUUUUCGCUCGAUUCCCAAAGCGCAAAUAGAUCUACUUGAAAAAUCAGAAGACUUUUUUUACC